CGAGGGAGUAAUAAAAAUUGUGCACGAUCGAUCUCACGGGGAGCUCGUGGGCGUAGAAAGUUAGAAACAUAGUCAAAUAUUUUAAGCUUCAAAAUCAAAAGGAGAAAGUCAGACAGAUACAAUAACCUUUGAUUGGUGAGUGAUUCAAUCUACUCUGCUUCAAUUCCAACGCCUGCCUGAACUUAACGCCGCUCAUCCGCCAUUGUUGUUGCAGUCAAAUUAUCAACCCUUGUUGCAAAAGUCGAGAAGCUCAACAACAUUAUGGAAGUAGUUGCUUCUGCGCCUGGGAAAGUUUUGAUGACCGGGGGCUAUCUUGUUUUGGAGAGAUCAAAUGCCGGACUGGUGCUGAGUACUAAUGCUCGGUUUUAUGCUAUUGUGAAGCCUAUCUAUGAUGAAGUAAAAUCUGAUAGUUGGGCAUGGUCAUGGAUGGAUGUGAAGCUAACAGCUCCUCAACUUGCAAGGGAAACGAUGUAUAAAUUUUCAAUGAAGAAGUUAACUCUCCAUUGUGUUUCAUCAAGUGAUGCAAGAAACCCUUUUGUGGAACAAGCUGUGCAGUAUGUUAUAGCAGCUGCCCAUGCUAGGAUUGGCCAAGAUAAAAAGGAUAUACUGCAGAAACGCCUUUUACAAGGUCUUGAUAUCACAAUUAUGGGUGCCAAUGAGUUUUAUUCAUAUCGGGAUCAGUUAGAAGCUCGUGGACUGCCUCUCACCCCGGAAUCAUUGUCUGUACUACCUCCUUUUUCUUCAAUUACUUUCAAUGCAAACGAUGCAAAUGGUGCACAUUGCAAACCUGAAGUUGCUAAAACUGGAUUGGGUUCAUCUGCAGCAAUGACGACUGCAGUGGUUGCUGCUCUCCUUCAUUAUCUUGGUGUAUGUCAUCUUCAGGAAAGUAAUAAUGCUGAUCUUGAUCUAGUGCACAUGAUAGCUCAAACUUCUCAUUGCAUUGCCCAAGGGAAAGUUGGCAGUGGGUUUGAUGUUAGCUGUGCAGUUUAUGGCAGUCAACGUUAUGUCCGCUUUUCACCAGAAGUUCUAUCAUCUGCUCAGGUUGCAGGGAUAGGAGCACUACUUCAUGAAGUCAUUGUUGAUGUCAUGGAAGGAAAGUGGGAUCAUGAGAUGACUAGGUUUGCUUUGCCGCCAAGAAUGACUCUUUUGCUUGGAGAGCCAGGAAGUGGCGGAUCUUCCACACCAUCAAUGGUUGGUGCUGUUAAGAGGUGGCAGAAAUCUGAACCUGAAAAAUCUCUUCACACAUUCACAAAAUUGUCAGAAGCAAAUUCAAUGCUUGAGAAACAAUUAAAUAAGUUGAAGAAACUAGCAGAGGAAGAACGUAUGGCAUAUGACAGCAUCAUUGAUAGAUGUUGCCAGCAUAAAUCAGAAAAGUGGAUGGAACAAUCAGUUGCCCCAAGUGAGCAAGCAGUCGUUGAAGCACUACUAGGAGCUAGGAAUGCUAUGCUGGACAUUAGAGGUCAUAUGCGUCAGAUGGGAGAAGCUGCUGGUGUUCCGAUUGAACCAGAUUCACAAACUCGGCUUUUGGAUACUACCAUGGAUAUGGAGGGUGUCUUGUUGGCUGGAAUUCCUGGAGCAGGUGGAUUUGAUGCAGUUUUUGCAGUAACAUUAAGUGAUAUAAGCAGCAAAGUUGCAAAUGCAUGGAGCUCACUCAAUGUUUUGGCUCUUCCAAUUAGAGAAGAUCCUCAUGGCGUGAGUUUGGAAAAUGGUGAUCCACGGUUGCAGGAGAUCACAUCAAGAAUUUCUUCAGCAAAUAUCAACUAAAUCUUAACAUGAACAGAAUUUGGGUUUGUGCUCGAUGGUGAAAUCCGUUCUUAUGUACUCGAAUUUCGCUACUUGUGAUGCUCUGUGUAUUAAAUUUGAUUGCUUAUAAUACCACAAAUAAAGAGUACGGAGUAGAAUAUUGCUAGAAUGAAUAAUACAUUAUUGUUUUUAAAUUUCAAAAUAAAUAUGCAGUGGUAUUAAUUUAGUGAUA